AGUCACUGCAUCGGGUCCAUCUGUACAACUCACUCUCUCUCUCUCUUCUCAUUUCUCUCUCCACGUCUCUCCAUCUCUCUCUCCUCUCUUUAGGCAGAGCCUACAAGACAGCAACACCAACACCUCUUGACAUGGAAAUACACUGAUACAGUAGUCAAAAGAAACACUCGGUUGCAUCUCCCGGUUCCAGGUGGCCUUAUUUGGGCGAUUUGAUCCUGACCUUAUUCCUGUGAUGGAGGAUUCGGGCAUCCAGAGAGGCAUCUGGGAUGGAGAUGCCAAAGCUGUCCAACAAUGUCUGACAGAUAUUUUUACCAGCGUUUACACCACCUGCGACAUCCCUGAGAAUGCUAUAUUCGGUCCCUGCGUCCUGAGCCAUACUUCCCUGUACGACAGCAUAGCUUUCAUAGCUCUGAAGUCCACCGACAAGAGAACCGUCCCUUAUAUCUUCCGGGUAGACACCUCAGCGGCGAAUGGUUCCUCAGAAGGUCUGAUGUGGCUACGUUUGGUCCAAUCAGCCAGAGAUAAAGAAGAGCAGAACCUUGAAGCCUACAUAAAAAACGGACAGCUGUUUUACCGCUCUCUCCGCAGGAUUGCCAAAGAUGAGGAGUUAUUAGUUUGGUACGGGAAAGAACUGACUGAGUUACUCUUGCUCUGCCCCUCUAGAUCCCACAGCAAAAUGAAUGCAGGGUCGUCCCCUUACACAUGCCUGGAAUGCAGCCAACGUUUCCAGUUUGAGUUUCCCUAUGUGGCGCAUCUGCGCUUCCGCUGCCCCAAGAGACUUCACAGCGUUGAUGUGAGCCCCCGAGAGGAGCAAAGCAGCGGCGUGGGCACCAAGGAUCACGGGGGCGGCGGCGGCGGCAAGGACCAGCAGCCAGCGCAGCCGCAGGAGGCACCCUUGGGUCCCAGCCCCAAGUUCUGCAAAGCCGGCCCGGUCCACCACUACCCGGCCCCCUCCCCUGAGGGCGGUAACCCGCCUGCGGCUGGCGGCGGCGGCAGCAGCGCGAAGCCGUCCACGGACUUUCACAACCUGGCGCGGGAGCUGGAGAACUCCGGGGGAGCCAGCAGCUGCUCCCCUGUGCGGAGCCUCAGCGGCGGCAGCGACCACCAGGAGGCGGAGCUGAGUCCCGACGGCAAUGCCGCGGGCGUGGGCAAAGGGAAGAGGAAAUUCCCGGAGGAGGCGGCGGAGGGCGGCGGCGGCGGCGGCUGCGCGGGGCUCGUGGGGGGCCGGGGCCGCUUCGCCGAGCGGCCCCCGCCCGCCUCCAAGGAGGACCUGGUGUGCACGCCCCAACAGUACCGCGCCUCGGGCAGCUACUUCGGCCUGGAAGAGAACAGCCGCCUCUUCGCGCCGCCCAGCCCGGAGACAGGCGAGGCGAAGCGCAGCGCCUUCGUGGAGGUGAAGAAGGUGGCCCGAGCGGCCGGUGUGCAGGAGGAGGCGGCCGCCGACGGCGGGAGCACGGCCGCCGAGGAGCACGACGCGGGCGGCGGAGGCUCCGCCACGCCCGUGGCCGCGUCGCCGGCCGGCUCCGAGAAGCUGCUGGCCCCGCGGCCCGGGGGAGCGCUGCCCGGCCGGCUGGAGGGCGGCAGCCCGGCGCGGGGCAGCGCCUUCACCUCGGUGCAGCAGCUGGGCGGCGCGGGCGGCAACGGCGCAGGGGGCGGUGCCGGCGCUGGGGCCGCGGGCGGGGCGGGCGGCGGCCAGGGCGCCGCGUCGGACGAGCGCAAAAGCGCCUUCUCGCAGCCGGCGCGCUCCUUCUCUCAGCUGUCCCCGCUGGUGCUGGGCCAGAAGCUGAGCGCGCUCGAGCCCUGCCACCCCGGAGACGGUGUGGGGCCCACCAGACUGUACUCCGCCGCCUCCGAUCCUCUGGCCGUGAAGCUCCAAGGAGCUGCGGACCUGAACGGAGGUUGCGGGUCCCUGCCGAGUGGCGGUGGCGGCGGCGGCGGCGGGCUGCCCAAACAGAGCCCCUUCCUCUACGCCACCGCCUUCUGGCCCAAGAGCUCCGCCGCCGCGGCGGCCGCGGCGGCUGCGGCCGCGGGGCCCCUGCAGUUGCAGCUGCCCUCGGCGCUCACGCUGCUGCCGCCCUCCUUCACCUCUCUGUGUCUGCCCGCGCAGAACUGGUGCGCCAAGUGCAAUGCCUCCUUCCGCAUGACCUCCGACCUGGUGUACCACAUGAGGUCUCAUCACAAAAAGGAGUACGCCAUGGAGCCCUUGGUGAAACGCAGACGGGAGGAGAAACUCAAGUGCCCCAUUUGCAACGAGUCCUUCAGGGAGCGCCACCACCUCUCCAGGCACAUGACCUCGCAUAAUUGACACGGAAAGGACUCCAGCUUUCCACGCGCGCACACGCACAGUCGAGCCCUGCAGGAGCAAACACACGAGGACAUCCGCCACCUCCUUGUGACCUGAAACAUCGCACCCAGACACACACACACACACACACACACACACACACACACAGGAGACAAGAUGGUGGAUUUUUGAUUGGGUGGGGUGUUUAAGAGGUUUUCUUUUGAAUGCACGUAUUUUCACUUUCCCCAAAACAAAGUACAUUUUUUAAAAUGUCAUAUAUUGCAACAUAUUGAUGCAUUUGUCAUACGUUUCUACUUAAAUUAUUAAGCACUUACGAUUUAGAUGGAAUAAUAUGUAAGGGCAAAAUUUAUUUUAGAUAUAAAGUAAAGGAGGAGGGUGAGAUGCUUUCUGCAUCUCUUGAUUACAGUUUGUGUUCCUACAAAAAUAAGCAAAACAAAUAAAAAGGGGGUCACCAUUCAAUUUAAGUUUCCAGGGGGAAGUGCAUGUAUCAUGAAAUGAUUAUGGACUUCAAUGAAGAAUGUCAUCAUUAUGUAAAUAUGUAUUUCCUUUUAAUACAAAGUGUAAUUUUGUGCCAGUGAA